CAUCGUGAUUUAUGACAUCAAAAUAAAAAAAUAUUGUGGAAGAAAUUUAUUCUAACCUUAUCUAACAAGGUUAAGAAGAAUAACCUAUUUUGUACUUCUAUACUGAAUCUAUACUUAUAUGUAAAAACAGUAUAAAUAUUAGAAACAAAUUAAUUUUAGUAUUCAUUAGUUUUUAAAAAAUUGUGCUUGUGUAUUUGUGUAUUAUAAUAUUUUUAUUAUAGAAUAUGAUUUCACGAAUGCAUAUAUUUUUAUAUUCAAAUCAUUGUAAUGUCGGUAAAAUUUCAAACUUUAUUUCUCGAAAUAUUUCUAAAACUUCCAAAUUAUUUAAUUGUUCUACGAUAGAUAUAGUUAAGAAUAAAAUAUCAAAUUCUGAUAUUAAAAAGCAUAACGAUACUUUUAAUAAUAUGGAUUAUUCUGAGAAGUUAAUAAAUACUAUUACAGAAAAUAAUAAAAAUAUUGAAAGUAACAACGCAAAGAUAAAUAAUGAAUUAGAACAAUCACAUAAUAUUAAACUUUUAAAUGUAAAUGAUUAUAAUUUAAAUGAUAGUUUGGAAGAUAUAAAUGAAAAAUUAUCAGGACCAUUUGAUCGUUGCAAUGAAGAUUUGUCUCAUAUUGAACCUUAUGUAACUCCAACUUAUAAUUUUGCAAAAUUCGCAGAUCAAUCAAAUACAAUUCAGCAAUUAGUCAAAUUAGGAGUUGAAUUAUACAAAAUAGAAAGAGACAAAGAAGUAUUAGAAAUGUUUUUGAGUUUAGAUUUUGACAAAGAUAUAAAACCAUAUAUACAAUUUUUACAUGAUUGUGGUGUAACUCCAGAAAAUCUUGGAUACUUUAUUACUAGAAAUCCUAAGAUCUUUAAAGAAGAUAUAGAUGAUCUUCGUACAAGAAUAAGAUAUUUAAGAUAUCAUAAUUUUUCUGUAAAAAUGAUAGAAAGCAUAGUGAAUAAACAUCCUCCUUGGCUAUCUUUUGAAACACAAAAAAUAGACAAAAGAUUAGGUCAUUUUCAACAUAAUUUUGAAUUAAAUGGCAAUCAAAUAAGAUUCUUAACUGUAAACUGUCCAAAACUUAUAACAUAUGAUAUGAAACGUAUAAAAAAUAGUACAUUUGCAAUAAAAGAGAUAAUGGGUUUUAAUAAAUUGGAAACAAAGCAUAUUUUGCUUAAAGCACCACGUGUAUGGAUUCGUGCCAAGACAGAAGUAAUAAAAACUUUUGAUUAUCUGCAUAAUCAAAUGCAAAUAUCACAUACAUCUAUUUCUAGAGAACCAAACGUUUUAAUUUGUAGGAAAAGUAGACUUGAAAGAAGGCAUAGAUUUUUAGUAGAAUUAAAAAGAAAUCAAUAUGAUCCUACAAAACCAUUGUAUGUAUCAUUACUUAAUUUAAUUUCAGGUAAUGAUUUUGAUUUUUGUGAAAAAGUUGCAAAAGUUUCCAUUUAUACUUACAAUAAUUUUUUAAAGACUUUUUAAUAUAAUUAAAAUAAAUAUAAUUAUUUAAUCAUAAUCAUUUAUAUAUAUAUUCUUUUUGUAGUAUGUAAUCAAUGUAAUCUUUAUUGUAUGUAUUGUACUUAAAUAUUUAGAUAUUCUUAUACAUUUCUAGAAACCUUUAUGUACAAUUCCAUGUAUCUUACACAUCAGUAUUUAAUUUGUUGUGCUAAUAUUAUUCAAGACAAUAUAAAAACUUUGUAAAACAUA